AUAUGGGUAUGAGCUGUCAUGCACAGGGCUCCUAUCUGAAAAUCUAGUUCUGGAAUUAGGGACUGCUGGCCAACAUCUCAGCACUUUUCACCCUGCAGGCUUAAUUAGGCUUCCUCUUAUAUCCCUCUCCCUGAAUAUGGCAUUUUGAAAGCCAGCGUUGCCCAGGAGGCAUCUCCUUUGUGUUUAUGAGAGAACUGCAUUGUCCCUUGCUCAGUUCUCUCAGGCUCUCCAGAGCUCAGGACCUCCAAGAAGAAUGGAGCCCUCCUGGCUUCAGGAACUCAUGGCUCACCCCUUCUUGCUGCUCAUCCUCUUCUGCAUGUCCCUGCUGCUGUUUCAAGUAAUCAGGUUGUACCAGAGGAGGAGACGGCUGAUCAGAGCUUUGCACCUGUUUCCUGCACCACCUGCACACUGGUUCUACGGCCACAAGGAGUUUUACCCAGUAAAGGAGUUUGAGGUGUACCAUGAGCUGAUGGAAAAAUACCCAUGUGCCAUUCCCCUGUGGGUUGGACCCUUUACGAUGUUCUUCAUUGUCCAUGACGCAGACUAUGCCAAGAUGCUCCUGAAAAGAAACGAUCCCAAAACCACAAUCAGCCACAAAAUCCUUGAAUCCUGGAUUGGUCGAGGACUGGUGACCCUGCAUGGUUCUAAAUGGAAAAAGCAUCGCCAGAUUGUGAAACCUGGCUUCAACAUCAGCAUUCUGAAAAUAUUCGUCACCAUGAUGUCUGAGAGUGUACGGGUGAUGCUGAACAAAUGGGAGGAACACAUCGCCCAAAACUCAUGUCUGGAGCUCUUCCAACAUGUUUCCCUGAUGACCCUGGACAGCCUCAUGAAGUGUGCCUUCAGCCACGAGGGCAGCAUCCAGUUGGACAGUACCCUGGACUCAUACUUGAACGCAGUGUUCAACCUUGCCAAACUGUCCUUCCAGCGCAUGAACAAUUUUCUACAUCACAAUGACCUGAUUUUCAAAUUCAGCUCUCAAGGCCAAAUCUUUUCUAAAUUUAACAAAGUGCUUCAGCAGUUUACAGAGAAAGUAAUCCAGGACCGGAAGGAGUCUCUUACGGAUGAGCUAAAACAAGAUACUAUUCAGAAGAGAUACCAGGAUUUUCUGGACAUUCUUUUGAGUGCCAAAAUCGAAAACAGCAAAGACUUCUCUGAAGCAGAUCUCCAGGCUGAAGUGAAAACGUUCAUGUUUGCAGGACAUGACACCACAUCCAGUGCUAUCUCCUGGAUCUUUUACUGCUUGGCAAACCACCCUGAGCAUCAGCAGAAAUGCCGAGAUGAAAUCAGGGAACUCCUAGGGGAUGGGUCUUCUAUUACCUGGGAACACCUGAGCCAGAUGCCUUACACCACAAUGUGCAUCAAGGAAUGCCUCCGCCUCUACCCACCAGCACCAAACAUAUCCCGGCUACUCGACAAACCCAUUACCUUUCCAGAUGGACGCUCCUUACCUGCAGGAAUAACCUUGUUUAUCAAUAUUUGGGCUCUUCACCACAACCCCUAUUUCUGGGAAGACCCUGAGGUCUUUAACCCCUUGAGAUUCUCCAGGGAAAAUUCUGAAAAAAUACAUCCCUAUGCCUUCAUACCAUUCUCAGCUGGAUCAAGGAACUGCAUUGGGCAGCACUUUGCCAUAAUUGAGUGUAAAGUGGCUGUGGCAUUGACUCUGCUCCGCUUCGAGCUGGCUUCAGACCACUCAAGGCCUCCCCAGCUUGUUCGUCGAGUUGUCCUCAAGUCCAACAAUGGAGUCCAUGUGUUUGUAAAAAAAGUUUGCUAAUUUUAUGUCCUUUCAUGUAAGAAUUAAUGAGGCAAUUUCCCUACCAAAAGAAGAAUGAAAGGACAAAUACAAUACAAAAUAUAUGCAUAUGGUUUUUUGACAAGUUAUAUAAUUAAGGAUACUUCUGAAUGGUUUUAACAUCCAUUAACAGUAAUUCUGAUUUUCUUGCUGAAUCAUUUAGACAGCCUUUUAGUGAAACCCACAAAAAUGCCUGAAAAAACUCAAGCUGACUUCCACUGCAAAGGAAAAUUAUUGGCUCAUGUAACCAGUGGUAGGGUGGCUUUCAAGCAUAGUUUGAUCAAGGCUCAACUCAAUAUCUGCAUUACUUUUAUCUCUGCAAAUAUCUGCGUGAUAGCUUUAUUCUCAGUUAUCUUUCCUCAUAAUAAAAAAUAUCUGCCA